AUGGUUCUUGCUCUGUCUUAUGAAGUUAUCAUAAAAUCGCUACUGUGUGUGGAGACAGAGGACCAAGCAGACAACGAAAAGCCGGGUGAUGCGGGCGGGCAGUUUCCUCAGACCGACCUGGCUUCCCUAGCCCUCAGCGGGCGCACAAACUACUUUUCCGACUGUUCUCAGAUCCACACUGCCCUGUCCCUGUUCAAUGCUGUGUCUAGUGGUGUAUACGACAUAAUGCCUGUAGGUCUGACCAGCCCGAUCUCUGUAUACUGUGAUCAGACCACAGAUGGGGGAGGGUGGACGGUCAUACAGAGGAGGUUUGACGGGUCUAUCGACUUUAACCGACCUUAUAACGCCUUUAGGUACGGGUUUGGGUCAGCCAAUGGAGAGCAGUGGUUGGGGUUGGAGAAUAUGUACCAUUUGACCAGACAGAACGCGUAUGAGCUGUACGUAGAGCUGGAAGAUUGGGAUAGCGUGGUCAAGUACGCCAAGUAUUCGUCAUUCUCGGUGGGGAGUAGUUCCAACUAUCGCCUCUCUGUCAGUGGGUACAGUGGGACCGCUGGGGAUGGGUUCUCAGACUCAUCAUCUAACCCCUACCUAACGGGUCAGCCCUUUAGUGCUAGGGAUGUAGACCGUGAUGCCUACAGCGGGUCCUGUGCAGGUGGCCGGAGUACCUACGCGGGAGGUUGGUGGUACAAGUCCUGUACUGGGUCUGCUCUAAACGGCCCGUACCUCCGCCCCUCUGACCGUACCAGUCACAGUGGCUUUGGUAUCGAUUGGUACUAUUUUGGAGGCUCCUAUAAGACCUAUCUGAAAAAGUCCAAAAUGAUGGUCCGUCCUGUCAACUUCCAGCCGUAAGUUGACAGACGCUAACCCAGCUGACAGGUCGAGGACUCACAAUAGUUGACGUCACCCCAAGAUCACUUUAUAACUGUGCAUGUACAACAGAAAGGGUACUUAAA